UAUAUAUACUGUUUUAUUCAAUGAAAUAAGACGUAACAACAUUUUUCAAAUCUCUCUCUCUCAACUAGGAUGUACCAACAAAAGUAGGAUCUUUUAUGGGACUAAAGAAGAGUCAAAUGGCAGCAGCGAUUGGGGUCGUUUUACUGGCUUCAUUGCUGUACCUAUACCCAUCCAAAGCUUGUCAUUUUCCAGCCAUUUAUAACUUCGGCGACUCCAACUCCGACACCGGCGCUGACUCGGCGGCGUUUGGCCGGGUUCCUCCUCCUUUUGGUGAGACCUUUUUUGGUAAACCUUCUGGUCGUUAUUCUGAUGGGCGUCUCAUAAUUGAUUUUAUAGCUGAACAUCUGGGAUUACCAUCUUUGAAUGCAUACCUUGAUUCAAUUGGAUCGAAUUUCAGCCAUGGAGCCAACUUUGCCGCAAGUGGGUCUACUAUGCAGCCAAUGAAUGCCAAGUUAUAUGAGGAAGGUUUUAACCCCUUUUCCCUCAAUUUGCAGCUUUUACAGUUUGAGCAACUUAAAGACCGAACCGAAGAGCUUUAUUCAGAAGCUAAGAGCUCUCAGAUCACAAGUAAUCUCCCAAAACCAGGGGACUUCUCAAAAGCCCUUUACACAUUGGAUAGCGGUCAGAAUGAUCUUCACUAUGGAUUUGUGAAAUUGACAAGGGAGCAGUUAAAGACAUCCAUUCCCUACAUAGUUAACCAGUUCUCUCUAUCCAUAAAGAAACUCUACCAAAAAGGAGCGAGAAUAUUUUGGAUACAUAAUACUGGUCCCAUUGGCUGCUUGCCUUUUUUUGUGAUCACCAAUCCCUCAAAGCCUGAGGAUACUGAUCAAAGUGGCUGCAUAAAAUCUUACAAUGAGGUGGCUCAAGAAUUUAACAAGCAGCUUAAAGAGCAAGUGUCCAAACUAAGGACUCAGCUCUUUGGUGCAGCUCUUUAUUAUGUUGAUACAUAUUCUGUCAAAUAUUCAUUAAUCAAUGAAGCAGAAAAAUAUGGGUUCCUUAGUCCUCUUGGAUACUGUUGCAAACACUAUGGGGAUAGUGGUCUCCAAUGUUGGGAGACAGAAAUAAGAAAUGGGACUGAAUAUUUUGGGAUUUCAUGUAGUGACCCUUCAAAACACAUUAGCUGGGAUGGCAUACAUUAUAGUGAAGCUGCAAACAAAUGGAUAGCUAAUCAUAUUCUGGAUGGUUCAUACUCAGACCCUCCAGUUCCCCUCUCCAAAGCAUGUAGCAGCUCUGGUUCAUAACUUGUAUGAAACUAAGUUCAUAGCAAAAUGAGAAAUUUCGGUUUCACCUGUUAAGAUCAUUCUACAAUGCCUUUGUCAUCUCUGCGACUGGAUCAGAACAAUUACUGGUAUUGGAGGUCUCGAGUUCUUCCAACUGUUCGUGCUUAGGAUCUCGAUGGUAUCCUGCUUCAGACAAGGGGUCAACCUCAGCCAUUAAUGAAAGGUUCUUCGAAGCUAUUGGUGUUGCCUAUACCACAGAUGUAGUGAUUAGUAAAGUUGUACUUUGAUGUUAUUGCCUCUUCUACCACAAUUUCAUUUUUUUUCCAAAUUUACUUUCUCUGAUUUAUUAACAUUCUUGCAUUUUUCCUCAAUAUAAAGUGUCACUGUUCGCUCACGGACCAAAAAAAAAGGUCUUGUGUAUCACUGUAUCUGUUGGAAAAUCAUUAGUCAUUACCAUUGCUGUUCUAGGUACGAAGUCUUUUCCAAUUAUUGUCCUGUUUCCUAUGAUGUCCGUUUGUUGGUGUAAUUAUCUGCUAUUUUCCCUCUCUUUAAUUGAUGUCGUUUUUUGUUGUCA